AGAUGUUCAAUAAAAAAAAAUAGAGCCAAAUAUCGUUACGUAUAAUGCUAUGAUUGACGGAUUAUGCAAGACAGGUGACGUCAGGAGGGCAAGAGAAUUGUUCAAUGUCAUCGUGGAAAAGGGUUAGGCACCAACUAGUGUGACUUACACUAUAAUGAUCAACGGGUAUUGCAAAUUGGGAAAUGUAACGGAGGCGUUCCGCUUAUAUGAUGAAAUGCUGUCGAGGGGACUGUUGCCAGAUAGCUUUGUGUUUAAUACUCUUAUCGAUGGAUGCUGCAAGGAAGGAAACUUGGAGAAUGCUCAGGACUUGUUUCACAAAAUGGUGCAGGAUGGCUUUGCGACAACCCUCUCCUUCAACACUUUAAUCGACGGGUUUUGCAAGUUAGGCAAGCUUAAGGAAGCAAACGGAUUGUUGGAAGAUAUGAUAGAACAACAGAUCAUGCUCAAUGAAAUGACAUACACAAUACUGAUUGAUGGGCUCAUCAAGGAAUGGAAGUUGGAGGAGGCUACUCAGCUGUUCUUGGAGAUGCAGGAAAAGAAUCUGGUGCCAAAUGCCAUCACUUACACCUCACUCAUUGAUGGGCAAAGCAGACGAGGAAACACCGCAGAAGCAUUCGCACUAUUCGAAGAGAUGGUGGCUAAGGGCAUUAAGCCAGAUGAAGUGACAUAUGGUGUGAUGAUCCAUACUGAUUCUAGAGAGGGAAACUUGAUUGAGGCCUUUCGGUUGAGGAACGAGACCUUGGGGGAAGGCAUGUCGAUGAGCGGUACUGCAUACAAUUCACUGAUAGAUGCCCUUUGCAAGAAGGGUGAUUUUCAUGAAGUGUUGAAGUUACUCAACAAAAUGGUGGAGCGAGGAAUUAGAGCUGAUGUUGCAACAUGAAGUGCUCUAAUCCACGGAUUACGGAGCAAAUGUAAUAUCAAUGAGGCUAAAGUUCUUCUAGAGAGUAUGAUAAACAAGGGUUGGGUGCCCAGUAAUACUACUUUUGAGUGACUUGGUCCCUGGGCGCCAAAAACUGGAGAGUGCAGAGGAAGACAGUGACCUUUAAUGCUAAGGUGGCAAAGGGGGUUGUUUUUUAGCAUAACAAGCUGCUCAAGAGAAGUACUUCAGCAGCCUGCUCAGGUUUAGAACGUAAAUCCGCUGGGCCGAGAAGGGACAUCGAGAAGACUAAAAUCACUUAAGAGUUUGUUUUUUAGAAGGAGGCUGCCAAGGCUAUUCAUGAAUCCUACAAUCCCGACACUUGCCAGUGUUGCACGUGUUUGAUCCUGGGAAUUCACAUGGCUCAAAUAUCAUAUGGGAGAUGCACACAUUGAAUUUGGAGAAUGGCUUAAGCCUUUUUAACCGUACUUUGUACACAUGAGGCCCGUCUGAUGGCUGGACUGACCUGACUUUUGGGACAUGAAAGUACAUACAUGGAUAGGCCCACCUGAUGAAUUGCCUGCAUCUUGCACACAUAUUCCACACUGGCAUGUGUGAGGAGAGUAGGAUACAGAAUUCUACUCUUGUAAGCAUGUCCCAUUGAUUCGUUCUUCCUGAAGCUCCCUGCACCUUGGUGAAGUUUGCUCUCGUUGAUGCUGAUCUUAGAUUACCAGAAGAUCGGGAUGCUGUUCACAAAUCCUUCCGCAUAUCCAGGUGAAUGCUUUCUUCUUUUUUGGAUGUGGACAUAGAAUGCACCAACAAUAUCAUCUAUAGCUACCUCAAAUAAUCAGUGAGUACCUCACCCACUGCUUUGCUUCGAAUAUUAAUCGGCUUCCAGCAAAGCAACAGGAUUAACAGCUGGAAAAGGUUUCGAUGACUGACUCUUGUACAUCAUCUGUAUGUAGGAAGAGCUUCCCUAACUAAUUUUGAUUGUCUUUGUCAUUCAUUGGUCGACUCAUUCUACCAAUUAGCAAAUGCUUGGAUUUCUUUAGCAUGCCAAAAAACGGAGUUGUC